UUUGGCCCCCUUUAGUCAAAAUCGAUCGAAUUUUUUUUAGCAAUUAACUGGAAAAAAGAAAACGAGGGAAACCCUAGAAAGAAUGAUGGAACCACCAUUUUCAUCAACGCUGCUGCCGCGAUGGCGUAUGGAGAAGCAGGUGGCGGAGGACGACGACGAAGUGAAGAAGGAUAAGAAGCUGAUAGCUGAAACAAUUGAACUGUUGAACAAUUUCUUCAAAACCGUUUCAGCCACAAAGACUGCCGUUACCGCCGAGGAACGAAAGGUGAUCUCGUCGGCUUACAUAAAGAUGAGCGCUAUCCGUUGCGCUGUCCGUCGCAAUCCACAGCCCGCUGCGGCGGAUAUCAGAUAGUGCAGAUCGAAAAUGGAGAAAGAGAUUUCUGGAAUCUGUAAUAAGCUCACAAAUCUGACCAUCAGGGAUUCCUAUCGCCGUCAUCUUCAUCGCCUCAAAUCCUCCUCCUCCUCCUCCACUUCCCAGAUUUAUCAUCAACUGAAAAGAAAGGCUUCAGUGCAACAAGGCACAAGGAAACAGAACUCUGUAAAGGCUCAACAAUUACAGCAGGACGCUAGUAUCACCGAGGAAAAGUACUUGGAGAAACUCAUCCUAGAGAGGAAGGAUUACGACGAAACGGCUCGUUUCAUAGCAAAAUCUGUACGCAUGCGCAUCACCAAAGAGGAUACGGAUGUUCUCUCCACAGCCUACGAGAACUUCAUUAGAGUUUCUAGAAAGCAGCUUAAUGUCAUCAGAUCAAUCCGGCAGGGUGGAACCGAGAUAAUAGAUCUUCAUAUAAUCAACAACCACAGAUCCAAAAUUGUGAAGGAGCUUUCCGAUGUUUGUGAUAAGGUGUCUAAUAUGACGAUUAAGCAAGCUUAUCUUCACCAUCUUCAUGAGUUUAAAACGCACGCCAACCCCAAAACGCAUACUCAGAGCUUUAUCAAUCAGGAAGAAACUCCAGAAAUCUUCUUCGAGGUGAAAGGUGGGUUGCGUUCCGGACGCUCCAACUCACCGAACCGCAUAACAAAAAAGCCACACAUUUAUGAAGAUAUGGAGGAUGAUGAUGAGGAUGAGGAUGAGGAUGAUGAUGAGGAUGAGGAUGAGGACCACUGUAAGUGUUAUGAGGAGGAACUGGAAAGUAAAUUUCCUCGAUUUGGUCGAAUCGGUAAUUGGGACCCUAUAUAUGAAGGAAUGGGGGCAGAUCUAUUGCAUACUCCGAUAAAAAUUCAGUGAAAGGAAGGACAUUGGAGUUAUAAUAUGAUGAGAGAGGCAUCUAAGUCCGGAGAUACAUUUCGGAAGUAUCAUGUGACUGACUUUGACAUGUUUGGUGACUUUUAAGAAAGGAAAUUGGUGGUUAUAGGCGAAGCAGAUCAUGCAUGGAUAUUUUGAUCUUCUAUCUUUGGAUCGAACUAUCGGUAGUCUUAACUUAUAUUUUGACAAAACAUAUGGUAUAUGGAUACCAUAAUUUUUGUGCAUGUAUAAUGUAUUAUUUAAUGGUUAAUAUUAGUAUUUCUUUUAGUCA